AUGCGGAUGAAGUAUGAAAAAGCAGAUCAAGCCGCACUUACAGCACACAAAGUACAUACAGUCCAAGUUAUGUGGAUGAAGUAUGAAUAUCAAGCUGUUGUAGUAUUUUCGGAUGAAGUACAUGCAGCUACUGAAGUUGAUGCUACUGCAGCAGCAGAAGGAAAAAUUGAAGUAUUCAAUAAUUACCAGGGGCUUGCACUUGAAUCGCAAAAGACCCCAAACCAUGACAACGUGCUCCAUGUUAACUUGGCAACCCACGAGCUUGCUGCCUGGUUUUCUAAUGGAAUUCUCUCAAGAACUAGAUCCUUCCCCAAAUUAUAUUUUUUCAUCUUUUUGUUUUUGUGGUUUUUCAUUAUUAAGAAAAAAAGUGAAAAAAGAUCAGAUUUUAUCGGACAAAUUCUUACUAAGUGUCCGUCACUACUACUCCAAACGAAUGCUAAAGGUCAAACUCCCUUGCACGUUGCAGCAAUGAAUGGACAUUCUGCUAUCGCUAAACUUCUAAUCAAGUCAUGCGCAAAAGCUAGAGAUGGAGAUUUAGAGAAGCUGGAAAUGGGUCAAGUAAAUGCAGUGAGAGAGAUGCUGAGGAUCACGGAUCAGGAAUCUAACACGGCUUUACAUUUAGCAGUAAAGUAUGGCGACAUUGAAAUGGUGGAAGGAUUGUUGGAGCAUGAAGACCCUGAUUUUCCGUAUUCUGCCAACAGAAACCAGGAGACUCCACUUUACUUAGCAGCUAAGAGAGGAGACACGGGCGUGCUGAGUAUAGUAUUAGAAAAAUCGAAUUCAAGUGCUCAUGGGGGGCCCCACGGUAGAACAGCUUUGCAUGCAGCAGCUAUGGCUGGAGAUAUUGCAGAGGCAACAAGGAUAAUAUUAGAGAAGAAAGGGAAUUUGAUAAAGGAAACAGAUGAAGAUGAGCACACCCCUCUUCAUUAUGCUGCACACUUCGGUUGCAUUUCUGUUGUGGAAGAACUGUUAAAAACGGAUGUAUCAGCUGCCUAUAUAGGUGAUAGAAAGUUGGGGAUGACACCCCUUCUUAUGGCAGCCAGGCAAGGUUUUCUUAGAACAGUAAGAAAGAUUCUCUUUUAUUGUCCUGAUUGUUGUGAUAAAGUGGACAAAAGAGGUUUGAGUUUACUUCAUUACCUGGCUUUUAGAGACAGUCCCCAUUUUCUUUUCAUUCCUAGUGGUACUAAGCCUGAAUAUGGAUCACUCCGAAAUCUAAGGAACUUGGAAGGUGACAUUGGAUUCACACCAGACAAAGUGAGUUAUUUUAUUCGAUAUGAGCAACCUUUUACGGCUGAUCCGGGAGCAAAGAAGCCAAUUGAAGACAUGUUGAAAGAUAUUGCACGUGAAAAAGUAGCGGAGUUCCCGGUUUUACCCUUUCACUUACGAAGGGUCUCUGCAGAAAGCUUGGAGAAAUCAAGAGAUACUAAUUUAGUAGUGGCGGCACUUAUAGCCACUGUGGCAUUCGAAGCAGCCAUAACUGUUCCAGGUGGUUGCAAGGGUGAAAAGGGGUUAGAGCAGGGCACUCCUGUUCUGAUUCAUGAAAUAGCCUUUAAAGCAUUUGUGGUAACAAAUGCAUUGGCCUUUAUUUUCUCUAUUUGUGCUCUCACCAUCCAUUUUGGGGUCAAUGAUCUUCGUUUAUCAAGAAUACCUUUUUGGGUAACUGAUAUAACUUCACAUCGAACUCGGUCCGCUUCUAAUCUCCUUAGUCAUGCAAUAACUGCAACGGUGAUUGCUUUCAGCACAGGUAGUUAUGUGGUUUUAAAGCCUUCUCAUGGACUUGCCAUCGCUUCAUGUUUCAUCUGUCCUGCCUUAUAUUUCUGUUAUUACAUAGAAGUAUUUCUAGCUAGCUGGGUUGGUGAUGGAUCUGUGAUAAUAAAGAAUUUCGUCACAAAUAUUGUAUUAUAUGUGACGAGUUUUAUAUGCGACACUAAUAAAAUAAGUGUGAUUUAA